AUGGCGCCGACUGGAACAGUACCUGAAAGUUCUAAUUCCGCUAGAACUCAAAUUACUUCUUUAGAUCCACUCUAUCUUCAUCCCUCAGAUCAUCCGGGUAUGCAAUUAGGUACCACACAAUUUGAUGGAUCCAAUUUUGGAUCGUGGAAGAAGGCGAUUACAAUUGCACUAUCAGCAAAGAACAAAUUGGGAUUUGUCAAUGGUAAAGUAACUAAACCUUCCACUAAUCACAUCAAUUUUGAUCUCUGGCAACGAUGCAAUGACAUGGUGAUGCCAUGGAUUCUGAAUGUCCUCUCUAGUGACAUUGCUGAAUCUGUUCUCUAUUCAUCCACUGCUGAAGAAGUUUGGAAAGAUCUUAAUGAUCGUUUUAGUCAAUCGAAUGGUGCAAAACUGUAUCAACUUCAAAAGGAAAUUUCAGAUCUCACUCAAGGAACUAGCGAUUUGGCUAGUUAUUUCACAAAAUUGAAGAAAUAUUGGGAUGAAUUAAGUGCUCUUUCGAUCAUUCCCAACUGUACUUGCUCUGCAACUCAUGAGAUGCAAGAACUUCAACAAAAUCAAAAGCUUAUCAAGUUUCUAAUGUGA